CACACACAGAGCUGGAGUGUGUGAAGCGAGUGUGUCAGUGAGUCAGUCAGUUUGUGGAAAAUGGCCGACGCGUUCGGACUGCAGGCGGAAGAGGACCCAGCGGCUGCGUUCCUCGCGCAGCAGCAGCACGAGAUCGCCGGCAUCGAGAACGACGAGGACAGCUUCGGCUUCGAGUUCGCGGCACGAGACCAGCCCGAGGCCGCCGAGUCCCAACCGUCACAUUUCACUUCCAACUCAUUCCAAGCAGAUGAGUUCGGAGGAGCAACUAUGAAUGGAGAACUGUUUCAGGAGUCCAACGAUGUAAUGGACGGUUACGCGGCCAUCUCCCAGGCCGACGUGCAGCGGCAGGAGCCUGAAAGUUUACGCAAGUGGAGAGAGGAACAGAAGACCCGGCUGGAAGAGUUAGAUACGGCAUCCAAGGCAGCAGAAAUUGAGUGGAAAGAGAAGGCGAAGAAAGAGCUGGAGGACUGGCACGCUCACCAGCGGGAGCAAAUGGAGAAGAAUAAAGUCAACAACAGGAUCGCUGAUAAGGCUUUCUACAAACAGCCCAACUCUGAUGUGAUAGGCUUUGUAGCAUCCGAGGACGCCUUCCUGAAGGAGUGCGACGACAACAGCCCCGGCACCGAGUGGGAAAAAGUGGCACGGCUCUGCGACUUCAACCCCAAGACGAGCCGCCAGACGAAGGACGUGUCCCGAAUGCGCUCGGUCCUCAUUUCCCUGAAACAGACGCCGCUGUCUCGCUAAGGCUUCGUCUCCUCACAUCUCGCCUUCUCCAUCUCCAUCUCCGUGUCCUUCUCGCACUUUAUUUUAGCACACUUGAGAUGUUUGGGUUUUCUUUCUAUCUGUCUGUCUUUUAAGGUAUAUGGUGAUUUUUUUGUUUUGUUUUUUUUUUUCUUCCCCCUGUUACACGUGUGUCAGUUAUUUGUUUCUUUAAGAAAAUGAGAAUUGUGUCUCUUGAGUAGGCUCGUUGAGGAUGAAGUACAGGAGCAUGAACCUCAAUUAAAUUAAUUAAACACACAGCUCAAACUGAUACACGAGACAUGUUGCAUGUCAGCAUUUGGAAGGAAGCUAGCUAAUUAAACAGCAUUAGCAGUACCGUCUCUUCUGCCAUCAGACGUUCAGUGUUUACACUGUUUUAAGGAACAGAAAUAGAAAUUCUCUGGAUCCAUGUUGAUUCGCGAUAUAUAUUAAAAUAUAUAAAUAGUUUAUUAUCAGGCUUCUCUCAAUGAGGCAACGCUUCCCAAUUCGGUCCUCAGAGACACCCAGAUGUUCCACAUCUAAACACUUUUGAAAGACAAGCUCUGUCCUCUGCAUAAAUCCAGCUGUUUUAUUCACUACUUUUAAGUCUGAAACUUAUUGCAAAUCCUCACUGCAGCAGGAUAUUCUCUCACUGUCAUGAAUACCCAUAAUGCACUGUGAUAUUUGGUUUGAUUCACACACACACAUUCACUGAUGGAGAGAGAGCCAGCACGCUAAAACCGUAACAUCCAAUUUCAGCUUCAGUGAUCAGGGCUUUUUCUUAAGUGAGUCGGUUCAUUUGACUCAGGAGUCGACUCUUUUGACUCAUUCAGUUUUUUCCCCCAAAACCUGAAUAACAUUUGCAAGAUUUUCAAUGUUGUUUAUCUGAAAUCCUCCACCUAGAUUUAAUAAUUAAUUCUAAGAAUAAAUUCUGCACAAUACUACAAAUGUGCAUUUGAGAACAAUUCAUUUUAAUUCACACUGACUCAUCUUCAAUUGUAUGACUCGCUGACAAAUGGCACAUUACUGUAAUAGACCUGAGGAGUGGAUUCCUGUAGUUUCAACUGGUUUCCAUACAGCAGUGUCCAGAGUGAAAUCCUGCAGCAGUGGGCUUUGAGAAUCGUAUUAACACCUCAGAGAGGCGUCAGAAGAUGAGCGACGACCGAAAUGUGGACUGUCCGGGGGUCCGGUCACUAAAAAAAACCUAAUUCGGGAAGCUGUGCUUUAAUUGGUCUAAACAGUAGAAUUUGACAUAUAUGAAUGAAACCUCAUACAUUAUUUCUGUUCUUUAGAGAACGGCAGAAAAAUGAGGGUACCUUCGUCGUUUUCCCUUCAGCGUAUUCAUACUGUUACUGAUAGUAUCGCUUAGUGCAUGUUUUGCUUAUUUUCCUUUGCUCAGUUUCAUGAAGGUUGGCAAUAAUUCUCUAUUUUCAUUCUUUUCCAUCAAACCUGUUGUGUCAUAAGUUCAAUCCCACCCCCCCCCUUUAAAUAUUUGCGGAAAACUAAAAGAUAUUUACUAGCUAAAUUCAGGUAGGUUUAGUGGAUAAUUUAUUCCAUACAAGCCUCACAUAGUGAGUGUAAAACGUUCGGAUUUGAGCUGUAGCAUCUCCUCCCAGUUCUGAUAGAAAUCAGUCCAGCAUGCGUUACGAAAGUGUUAACGGAUAUAUACAUAUAAUAUAUAUUCACCAUCGGUUAUGUUCACUUUCAAGUCUUUCAGCUUCGAGGCCUUUGUAUCUAAGACCGAGUUAAACAAAACAAAAAAAUAUUACUUGCCUUUCAGCAGACCAGCUGUUUUGUGCUGCACCACAGAUUGCGGUUUUUACUGGCUGCCAAAGACUAUGUUCAUGCCUGACUACGCUCUAAAUAAAAAAUAUAUCAGGACGGUUUUCCACA